AUGCUUGAUUUUGGUUAUUUUAUUCGUGCAGUAGGAUUAUUUCAACGAUUUAAAAGUAAUAAAAAGUUAAUAAAUCUUUUAUCUGAAUCAGUAGUUCAUGGUCGUUGUUGGCCAAAUGAUCUCGAUUUUAAUUGGCAUAUGAAUAAUGCACGAUAUUUACGUGAAGCUGAUUUUGGACGUUUUUCUUUAUUACUUGAAACUGGUUUAUGGAAUUCAAUAGUAAAACGAAGAAAAAAUGGAAUGAAAGAUGCUCAUGCGUUAAUAAGUGCAUUUCAAAUUCAAUAUCGUCAAAGUAUUGAAUUAGGUGAUCGAUUUAAAUUUAUUUCACGUAUAAAUGCAUGGGAUGAUAAAGCAUUUUAUGUUGAACAAUGGAUGAUUCGUGAAAAAACUAAUGAAAAAGUUUUUUCAUUAUUAGUUCGAUUAGCUGUUACUCCACGUUCACUUACACCACAAAUGUUAGUUGAUGAUAUUCAAAGUAAAUCAAUUGAAUCACCACCAUUUUCACCAUCUAUGCAAUCAUUUAAAGAUAAUUAUAAAAUAAAUUUUCAAGAAAUUCCAUCAAAAUUAUAG